AUAUUGCUACAUAUAAAUUAUUCAUCAUCAUCAUGACAAAUACGAUGAUGAUGAAUUAAAUAUUGACUUUUAACUUUUCCGUUUGAUAGCGCUGGUUAACUAUUAUUAUCAAAGAAUAAAUAGAGGGGAGAACUGAAUAAUCGAGCAUACCGAAAGGAAACGCAACAACGAAUAGUUUAGUUGUCAGUUGUCAUUUAGCUGUCACUGUGAUAAGAUAAGAGACGUCAAGUGUAGUGAUUGCGUUUUACAACAAAAAUAAACGAGAAGUUGUAAAUAAUGGCUCUAAAUUUGCCCAAAACAAUGCGAGCUGUGGGACUUUAUAAGUACUUGCCGAUUACUGAUCCCGAAAGCUUUCUCGACUUGGAGGUGAGUUUGCCGGCGGUGGGCCAGUCCGACGUGCUGGUGAAGGUGAAGGCCGUGUCCGUGAACCCGAUAGACACGAAGCAGCGCGCGCCCAAGCCGCGGGUGGAGGCCUCGCCCCGCGUGCUCGGCUGGGAUGGAUCGGGAGUGGUCGUCGACAAGGGCAGCCUCGUCAACAAACUCAAACUAGGCGACCACGUCUACUUCUCCGGCGCUCUUGGCCCGAGCGGCUGCAACGCUCAAUAUUACUCCGUGCACGAGGGCCUCGUAGCCAAAAAACCAACGUCUUUAUCAUUCGAGCAGGCUGCAGCUAUGCCCCUGACCACCUUGACGGCGUACGAAAUAUUUUACGACCUCAUGAAGAUCUCCGAAAAGGACCGCGGCAAGUCUCUGCUGAUCAUCAACAGCGCGGGCGGCGCCGGGUCGAUUGCCACGCAGCUGGCGCGGCACCUGGGGCUCACCGUCAUCGGCACGGCCGCGCGGGAAGCCACCCGGUCGUGGUCGCUCCAGCAGGGGGCCCAACUAGUUCUUGACCACAAGAAAGACUUGCUACCACAACUCAAAGACAAUGGCUAUGCUUCCGGAGUGGAUUACAUUCUAGUAAACUAUGAUCCCUACCCUUACUGGAACACUAUCAUGGAGGCUGUCAAGCCAAUGGGAACUAUUUGCCUGAUUGUUGAUAGCAGUGGCCUGGUCGACAUCAAGCCUUUGAAGGCCAAAAGUAUCACAUUGGCUUCAGAAAUGAUGAUGACCAGAUACAAGUACAACACCCCUGACAAAGUCAAGCUUGCAGAGUACUUAGAGCUUGCAGCCGAGUUGUUUGAUAAAGGUGUUCUAAAACAUACCCUUACUAAAACUUUAUCACCUCUGAAUGCCCAAACAUUAAAAGAAGCCCAUAAAAUAAUAGAAGAGCAGACAAUGGUUGGUAAACUUGUUAUAACUAAUGACCAAGUUGAAUAAAAUAUGUUUUUACU